UUUUUUAUUUCCGUUGGUGUUUGUGUUCAUAACAAGGCAUAGUGACUGGCUGUUGCUUUGCGCUAUUUUCGUUCAUUUUUGAUGGAAAGUUGUAAUGUUUUUGCCUAUACGUGUUUGUAUGAUUAUUUAACGAUAUGUCUGCGUCAAGUGGUAUUAAUUUGCGUGUUACUGCCCACCUUAGCCAAGGUGGACGAAAGUACAUGGAAGAUAUGUUUACAGUUGCAUACGAACGUACACAAGACAACAAAGAUUUAAAAUAUGCUUUUUUUGGUAUUUUCGAUGGCCAUGGUGGACAGGAAGCAGCGAAAUUCGCAAAAGAUAAUUUAAUGGACUGCAUUGUAAGACAAGAAGGAUUCUGGUCUGAAAGAGAUGAAGACGUUCUUAGGGCAAUUUAUGAUGGUUUUGUCAAAACCCAACUUUCGAUGUGGAGAAAUUUAGAGAACUGGCCCAAGACGGCGGCCGGCCUGCCGAGCACAUCCGGAACCACCGCGAGCGUCGCCUUCAUCAAGAAGAACAAGCUGUACAUCGGGCACGUGGGCGAUUCGUCCAUCGCCCUGGGGUUCCAAACGCCAGACGAGAAGGCGUGGAAGGCGCAGAUGCUGACGGAGGACCACAAGCCCGAGUGCGCCUCGGAGAGCGAGCGGAUCCGCAGCUCGGGCGGCCGCGUGGCCGUGAAGGCGGGAGUGCCCCGCAUCGUGUGGAACCGGCCCCGCCUGGGACACUCGGGGCCCGUCCGCCGCUCCACGCAGUUCGACGAGAUCCCGUUCCUGGCGGUGGCCCGGUCCCUGGGCGACCUGUGGAGCUACAACGCGGAGUCGAACCAGUUCGUGGUGUCGCCCGAGCCGGACGUGACGGUGACGGACCUGGACCCGGGCGUGCACCGCUGCCUGGUGCUGGCCACGGACGGGCUGUGGAACGUGCUGGGCGCGGCAGAGGCCGUGGGGCUGGUGCAGCACGCCGUGCAGCGCAACGACCAGCAGCUGGCCUGCUGCGAGACGGGGCAGGAGCGGCCGUGGAUCAACCCGUCCAAGAAGCUGGUGGAGAAGGCCUUGGAGAAGUGGAAGGGGUCGCACAUGCGGGCGGACAACACCUCCGCCCUGACCAUCCUCCUGAACCCGUGCGGGCCGUCGCGAGCCGAGGUCCUGUGCAAUCAGACGCUGUAUUCGGAGGCGCCGGAAGCUUCGGAGCCCGGCGCGCGAGCCCGCCCGUCGUCUCCCGGCCGGCUGUCGCCACAUUCGUCCUCGGACGGGAAGACCACCUGCAACGGCCUCCGCAAGGGCGGUAGCGAUCCCGACGAGCCCGACGUGGUCACGUUCACCAGGCACCCGAUGGUGUCCUCCGGCACGGAGUACGAGGACACCAGCGAGGUGGAGUGUCUCGGCGGAGAGGAAGAGAGCGAAAGACCCGAAGGAGCGACGCAGAGGAACGGCAGCGGGUAUCCGGUUCCGAAGCCCGCGGCGUGCGAACGCGAUCCGCUGGCGAAGCUGCCGAGGGAAGGCCGUGACAAGGCGGCCCCCGGCAGCCCGCGGGACGGCGGCGACUGGGCGAAGAGGAGAGAGAAGCGGCCGACGACCGCCCGGGAGGUUGACGAGAUCGCGGCGAAGUGCCAGCUGUUCAGGCUGUCCGAUGGCGUCCGCGAGGGGCCAGCGGUAGACAGGCCGCACGCGGUACCGGACCGCCGGCUCUCAGAGAACGUGCUGGGGCGGAGCCCCGGGACGACGGAUCCCGGGACUACUCGCGGCCGCAGGGCGUCGGAGGGCACGCCGCCGAGACGCAAGCCGCCGGCGUCGGGCCGCUGCGACGAGAACGACAUCAACAAGCUGAACCCGGGGCACUGGAGGAAGUCCCCGGGGAGCUCCCCAGGCGGAGCGUCCUCCCGGAGGGACGGCGGCAAGCAGGGGAAGGUCUCGUCCGACGCGGAGAACCGCGGGAGCCCGAAGCCCGCUGGGGCAGUAGCGCGGAGUGAUCGCGCGCUGAGGUCCAAGGGCCCAACGCUCACCCUUCUCUCCCGCAACGUCAACGGCGACGCUGUCGCGACGGCGGCCCAGGACGCCAGGAGCAAGCGCUGCCUCUCCCCGUACGUGAAGGCAGACACCAGCGCCGUGCGCCGAAUCGCUUCCCCCCUGCGGAAGAAACUCAGGUCGGGCGAUUGGGGCGGCGCUCGUCCGAUGGUGACAAGGAGCCAGGCGAACAGAAGGCACUCCAAGCCGUGAAGUGUCGUUCGUGUCGACGGUGCCGAGAAUACACGCGGUGACUCGGGAGUCGCUACGCCCGGAGUUUUCUUUUAGAACAAAUUUUUUUUUUUAUUCACACGUUUUUUAUCUUACGGCAAACACGACGUUCGUCAUACUCGAAGCAAUGACAGGUUUCGCACGUUGUGUGUGGAAUUAAAUUAAUGUACGCACGUACCGAGGCUCCACUGUUUUCUUCGACUCUUCGAAGUUUACGAGAAAUUAGCUUUUUUAGAAGUUAGGUUUUACUAAAAAAAAAAUUAUAAUAUAUUUGUUGAUAAUAUAUGCAUACUGUAUGUAUUUGUACAGUAAUUUAGUUUUAUACAUCUUUAUAUCUUUACAUGUUUCAAACGAUUACUAAGAAAACAAAAGUAUAUAGCCAAAGAUAAAAGUUGCUAUGGUAUGUUAAAACUAUUUCAGCAUUUUUUAGUUUGUCUUUUCAUGUUGGAAUAAUAUAAGUGUAUCAUGUAUUGAGUGUAUGUGUUUUGAUUAUUUUCUGUGACGUAAAUUUACUUUUGAAAUGCAGUGGUGUUAAUUUUUUUUCUCUCUUGCUAGGCCGAGCCAAAUUUUAUAUGAAAAUGAAAUUAAAAAUAAAAUUAACUGUUCCAUUGUAUUUAAACUCACUAUUAAUCUAGCAUUUCAGACAUUACAAUCUUUUACUCAUGCAAUUAUAGACCUGUUAUAGCAUGUACGUACUCAGGGUUCGCAGGCAAGCUUAAUAUCCUUAAUAAGUUCUUAAUUUAUCUUUAAUUGAAAAAGGGCCCUUAAAGGUCCUUAAAUUUCACUAAGAAUCCUUGAAAAUUCCGUAAUCAAGAAUGAUUGCAAGUUAUGGUUAAAUUUUGGCAUUUUACUAGACACCUGCGAGUACUCGAAAUUCGAGUUUCGAGUCGAGUUUUUUAGUAAUACUCGAACUCGAGCUCGUGGCUUUUCAACAACUCGAAAUUCGAGCGAGCUUUUCUUGCACUGUACCUAUAGAAAAAAAAACUCUCAUAUCGGAAUAAAAGUCUUACAACACUAUUAUCCUUUACUUUAUAAUGUAACAUGAUCGACCGUAUACAUGAACACAUCAUUUUUACGUACCCGGGAUUUACGAAUUUCCGUGAUUAAUUUUUUUUACUUCUAUAAUUUUCCGCAUAGCAUUAAUGUAUCACUUUCCUCCUUUAUGCGGAAGUAUUUCCCGCCUUAUGCGGAAACAUUUCCCGCAUUUUACUAUAAAAAGCAUUUAAAUUGUCCGGGGUCUCAUCAUUUACACCAUUAAAUGUGUGAUAUAAAGUCCCGUUUAACAUUUUUAUGAAAAUUCCUGCCAGUAAUGGCGCACGUAAAUAUAAAUAUGAAGAAAAUACAAAUGAACAACAACUUACGAAGAAAUAUGGAUGAUGUACCAUAACUACAGUACAAUUCCAAUAGUUAUCUUAAGAUAAUUACCAUAAAAAGAACUAAAGAUUCUUUGUAGAUACCAUAACUACUGCAGAAGCAUGAUAGUUACCACAUUUGCACUAUAGUUGCCGUAAUAACCGAGAUGUGUAUUUACCGUGAUGGUAAUGUAUUUAUUUAGGACAUAUUAAAAUUAAAGAACAUUAUUGAAAAAAAAAGGAUGUUAAAUCUUGAUAUGUACGGUUGGCACAUGUUGCUAAGAAAUAAUGUGAUCUGAAAGAAUGUAGUACUACUACGAAAAGUGAAAAGGGUACUCGUGGAUUUUUAGGUUAUGGCAGUCUCUUUCGUUUUUCAGUAAUAUCGGUCGAAAAUUAACAAGAGUAUUGGAAGUUGGCAGAAAUGCCGAUUCAACUAAAUAUUGGCAAAAUCGGCUUCUUCAGUACAGCUCUACAUUUGAUGACAUGAGUAAACAUAUUUCAGACUACAGGACAUUGAAAAAGACUUUAAUUUCCAUGUAGGUUUAUUGUGCGUAAGUUUUUUUUGCAAGUGUAAAUUGAAUUAAGUAAAAUGCUUCUAUUUUUAUUACUUUAAAUUGAUUAAACUUAAUGACAAGUUACAGAUAUUUGACACUAAUUUUGAGGUUAAACAAUUUGGUAAAUAUGUAGAGUAACGGUAUAUGCGAAAAAAAAAUGCUAAAAAUCUGAAAAUACUUUUAUUCUAUGCUCUUUCACUUCCUCUUUUCAAAUCAACCGGCGGAGAUAAGAAAUUCCAAAUACUUUAGGAAUAUCGAAUUUUUUAAUUUAGUAGGCUAACAAUGAUAAUGGUUUCUUUUUUUAUUUCCAUAUUUUUCUCAAAAGUUCUCACAUUUUAUUACUCCAUCACAGUAAAUUUAUGUGCAAUAAACUUAAAAAAAAACUCGAACUCGACUCGAUACUCGCGAGUAUUUUAGCAAACUCGCUCGAGCUCGACUCGAAGUGAAAAUCUUCUGCUCGCAGACGCCUACAUUUUACCGUGUUCUAUCGGAUAAUCGUCACACAUUUUAUACUAAAACCAAGUUUGAAAAGUAGGGGUGCGACGUUUAUGGGAGAAAAAAAAUAUAUUUGUUAGGUAAAAUUAUUCAUAAACAUAAAACCCAUUCAUGGAAAGUACGUUUAUCUAAAAGUGGAGUAUACAAGAGCACGCAGAACAAUUUAAAUUAAUAAGUCAUUCAAUAACAACCUUUUCUUCAACUUUAAAUAGAAAAAAAAAAGUGAAUUUAAAUGCGAGCCUGAACUAACGCUCAACUACCGUCGUAGUACACACCACGAAAGAGUGCGGGCCAUCAAAUGUAGUUAACUCGGCACUCGACAGAGAGCGCGCGUUGCAUUCAGUCUGCGAAAUAUCGAUAUUCAUCUACGUGUGCGCGCUCUAUACGGGAAGCAACAUAACCAAACAUGAAUGAUGCCAACUAGUGCUGGCUACAAUUUUUAUAAGCGGUACACCGCGGCGGCGCAGAUGAACAUAUAAAGGAUGUAACGUUUAAAAACGUCUUGGAAAAAGAAAAUUUACACAUCAGACAACUUCGUAUUUCCGUUAAUUAAAUAAGUAAAAUAGUUAAUUUCCAAAUAAAUAUUAGAUUUAUACUUUAAAAUACAUCGUUUUAUACGGAAAAGAUACCUGCACAGAGUGCUCGGAAUCUGCGGGACCAAAAACGUCAUGCAACGUUUACGCGAGAAGUUUUUUUAUCCAAAUUCUGACGCUCUAAAAUAUGGGUUGCGACGAUUAUGUGAUAAAAGAGGGUAAUACUAGAAAUAUUUUCGCUAAGCUGAAUCAAAUUGUUAAUAUAUAUCUGAACAAGGCAAUAUUACACUUAUAUAAUGAAAUACUGAAAUGAAUGAAUAAAAAAAUUACAUUUUAAUUGGUAAUAGUAAGUAAGGUUAAAGAAUAUCUGUAUCAUAUUUUUAACGAUAACAAGUAAAAAAAAAAGUAGCAAAAUAAUUUACAAAAAAAAUUAUUUUUAAAAAUUACAAUGAAUAAAGAAUAACAUUUUUAUGCAGUUAGUUAAGUAAAACUGCAUUAACAAAAAUAAACUGAGUUAUUUUGGCAUAGAUACAUUAAAACUCCAUAUUUUAUAUACUAUAUAAUUUUACUUUCGGUAGCAGAACCACAGGAUGAUUAUUGUAAUACCUGACUACUCAUACAAGCUUAAAAAAACACCUUAAAAAAUCAGCUUAUUAAAGCUCAAAUUACAAUAAAUGGAAGGAAAAAAAACCCUACAUUCAUAUAACUAGGGACUUUCCUUUCUCUGUCUCUCUUUUCCAAAUCUGAUGAUACGUUUGUUCCCACACCAGGCGGGGAACCACCGUUUGUGUGUCUUCUCUUUCUCACUCUAAUGUCUAACACUUACGUAAUUCAUCAUUACAUUGCAUCUCCUGCUUCCAGACAAAAAUAUAAUGGAAAAAUAAGUAAAGAAAAAUACUAAAUGACUUCACCUGAAAACUUAACCCACCAGCAAAAUAGGUAAUAACUUUCAGCGGCUUUAUAAAUUUUGAAUCAACUAUAUUAACAAGACACUUAAAAACAUGAACCAAUGAGAAAUAUGAGCUUAUAUGUAUUGCUAACUUACUACUACCUCUGAAACAUAAUCUGCUGUUUACAUGAAACAGAAAAGCUAAAUCAGGCACUGAAAAUGAUCAGAAAACACCCAAUAAAAUUAGGUAUGUAUGCCAAUGUUUUAUAUGUUGCGAGGGUAAGGACCUGCAAUGCUACAACGUUUUAAACGAGCUUAAAGCCGUUACUCAUCUUACGUGACGACACUUGUGUAGUUUUCGCAUGGAGGUCACGCCCAGGCAGUACUUAUGCCGCUGUUGCUCGGAAAAGGCUAGGGAAGAGGUGUGGGUUUUUUUACCUUCGCUUGUAUACUUGUAUCCACACUUUCAAUCUCCACACUGUAUGAUACUUUAUAGGUACUACUAAGUUCUUUUUCGUGUGUAAUAUCUUAGCGCUCGGUACACAGCAUUUGGUAAGAGUAAUUUCGUGUAUCUGGGGCGGAUAGCGCAAACCAGAGUUCAGAAAGCCCUAGGGAUACUCUUAUGUUAUUAAUUGUUAGAAUUUUAACAAGAUGGGCAAUAUUUCAAUAAAAUUCCUCGUCAAAAAAUCAGGUUCAAAGCCGGUGUUCACGGUACUUUGUAAAGUCUUUUUCGCUUUUAAAUUUUGUGUCCGAGUUUUGUACUAUUAAGUGAAUUUGCUCGUUAACCGAGGUUAGAUGUAACACGUCUGGUGAAUACUGAUCGACUUGCUCACUUUAUAUUAUAUAUAUUCUGUAGAAAUUAAAGGAAAACUGGAUAGAAUUGAUACCUUUACAUAUGGUCGAAAAGUUCCAUUCACCUCCGGUCUUAUUUUUUAAUUUUCAUUCUUGAGCAGUUGGCGAUCUAAUGCAGUGAUUUUUUGCGUUUUGAAAGCUAUAAAAUAAAUAUAAGGUUUUUUUUUUUUUGUCUUGUCAAGGCUUGCUGGGAGGGGUGGGGAGAGAUGUGUUUCAUUAGAAUUAACAAAUGACGAAUCAAUUUUUUUUUUUUAAAUUCUUCAUAGAGAAUGUAGUGUUUUAGAAAUAUAGCCCAUCUAAUCUGGGAUUGAGAUUCAGUUCGAAUUUCGUCACGGAUGACGAAACUUUCUAAUUUUGUUUGGCUUGGCUUUGCUUGGCGUCAUAAUUUAGGAAUUAUUUUCUCACUUUGUUCCGGUUGGUUGCAUUUGAUAUACAUACACACAUUAGCUAUCUAGAUACUUCUGAUCAAGCAAGAAUCAUAGAUGUAAGCACAGUCGUUGGUUUGUGUGUGAUUAUAACACUAAUCAGGAAUAAACCAAUUAUUUUCAUCGUCCUGAAAUGGGCUUCUUGAAACCAAACGGAGUCUGUCUGGAUGGUUAUUACUUUUGGAGAAGUGGUCUCAGUUUGUUAAUUUAUUUAUUGAAGAAGUAACAUUUUUAGUUGUGUUGAUCAUGUAGUACUGGUUUAUGAAACCGACUUUGUAGUUGCAUCUUGUAUUGCAUUGAAAACAUGUGUGAUGUUUCAUUUUAUAUUUUGCUGACUCCUCGUUUAUUCUUUUGACGUAUUUUUUUGUGGAUGUGAUACCUUUUGUAAUUAGUAAUUACCAACCUUUUUUUUUUGUCACUUGUGAGAUAUUUCUAUCGUAAAGUAUAUUUACGACCUAAUGUACAUAUGCUGUUGUAACGCUUUGUAAACUAGCCUGUGUAAUUAGGUUUUUGUGUUGAGCUUGCUGGUUUUAUUCUCUAGUACUUUUUUUUCUUUUUAGACACAUUUUGGUUUGGUUUUGGUUAACAGACUAGAUGGAAAUGGAGUAAUUUUGAAUAAUUUAAGAUUUUAUAAAUAUUCAUAUUCACACCACUCUCUCGGAUAUUUGCUUUAGUAUAAUCUGAAUUAAUUUAUGAUUGUAACUUGUGGACUUACACUUUGGAAAAAGUUGGCCUGUCCGAAGUUUCGACUAAGCGAAUCAGGCAAAGCUCUUCAAAUAUUUGAUCUGAUGUCGCCAGUAAAUUUUGCCGUUUGUUUUAUUUGGAACUUUGGUUGUAUGUGAAGCUUUGCUUUCGUUGCAAAGCUAACAUCGGAAGUCUUAAGAUUCGCUCAUGAAAAUAUUUAUUAAUUUUUUUUUGCAUUGUCUUUCCAAUUUUUCUUGAAUAAAGUUUUUAAAAAUCAAAAAAGUGGCACUCCAUUUGCUUUUUAUGGAUGCUCAAUUUUAAUAUUAUGUAUGUUUAUUUCAUAAUUUUUAUUGAAUGAUGUUAUACAUAGGGCCCAGUCGGUUAAUGAAUACAUUUCAAACAUUACAAAUUCUUAAUGAUAUUUAUUUUUUACUUCAAUCCCGUACUUUACAAGUGAAAUACAGCUUCGCCGAGAAUAUUGAAUAUUCGCAAUUGAUUCGACUUCACAUGUAUUUAUAAAAUUCUUUUUGAUACUAGUUUCACUUCAAAAAUCUGGCAUUCGCACAGGCUUAGUUAGGCAAAAGAAUUUUUUAAAUUUCUGACAGUAUUUUUUUUUUUGUUCGGUAUACAAAAACUUGUUGCUGUGGAUAUUGCGAAAGUGCAUGUCUGUCUGAAACAUUUUUAAUUUGUUGAGAAAUAAAAUUUAUGAAGAAAUUAAAAAAAUUUUUUUGUUAAGUUUAUAUUUUGCUUACAUGUGCUGAAAAUUUGUGACUUGUGGGGGAAAAAAUCACAUAAAUUGCUGGCUUUGGUAGAAGAUAUUUUUCUUAAAGACAACUAUUUUUUGAAGCACACAUGUAACAUUCGACACACAUCUAUUUUUAGUUGGGAAUAAAAUUUGUAAGAAAUUACUUGAUUAUGCCAUCAGUUACAUCUGUUUUCAUGAGCCAUUUGAUUGCAUAGUAAUUCUGUGCUCUCUCUUGCUUAAACAUGACCGAGUAUAACCGAGUCUAAAUUAUAAAUUGAGAAAGCAGUGGUUAUAAUUGUAAUGAGAAAAAAAAAAGAUGACAUACGUAUGGCAAAUCUGUACGGACAAGAAUCUCGUGCCAGACUGGUAUUUACUAGUUUUUUUAACAUAAAUUACCGAUAAAAGUGUUUUAAUUUCCAAUAACAAAGUUUAAUUCCCUUCCUGAUGAAGUAUGUAAAUGUAAUUUCUUUUACAGCAAUGUGUGGGAACAUUGUACUCUUUUUAUAACAUAAUCACCAAUAAACAAGUCUUCUGUUUUUUACAUGAAUUACUCGACAAAAAUAAAAAAUUUUCAUUAAAGAUUGUUAAAUCAUCAUCUUGAUGACAUAGUUAUAUUUUUUCUGUGUUAUAUCCUUUUGUUCAUACAAUAUCUACUGCAAAAUUUUCUAAAAUGAUUAUGAAAACACAUCACUCACGGGGCGUGUUGGCAUCGUAAAGUAAACUGUGUCUUUGAUACAUCAGGAUAAAUAUGAAAGGGUCAGGGAAUUUCAAAUUUUAUGAAGAUUCAAGGAAAUAUACUAUACAUGAGCUAAUUCAAAUGAAACGGACAUAGUGUCUUACAGAAUCAGCGAAUAAACAGAAUGCUUGUAAUUCAUCACACACAAAUAAAGUUAUUUUGCUAAACGUGCUAUCGUUAAUUUUUACCGAAAUGCAUAUUGCGCAGUAAGAAAUUGCGGAAGAAGAAAGUAAAGAAACGAGGAAGUUUGCCAAUAAAAACAUUAAAUAGUUCACAGAGUACAAAAAAAAAUUUAUUGAAUUUGUGUGUAACUUAAACCUUCAAAACCAGUGUUUCACUUGUAAUCUUUGAAUGUUUUGGGAGAAAUUAAGUUCAGUUUAUCAUGCAAGUCUUUGCAUGUGCUUUUUGCUAGUUAAUUUUUAUUAUUAUUAUUUUACAAUUUAUGUGCCACUUACAAAUAAAAAUUUUUUUUAACUAUCACAGUUGUUUGUUGGUAGUACUGGAUUAAUUUGUGUAGCAAUCAUUUACUUGAUUAAUAUCGCUCAUAAAUCAACCUGUCAGUUGUUUCUUUACAUUUUAAACCAGAAAAUCUGUAUUUUUUUUUUUGUGUGAUGUUUUGGUGACCAUGUGGUUUAAUCUGCACGUACCAUUGAGUGUUGGGAGGUAAUGUCAUCGAAACAUAGAACUCAAAAACUCAAUUUUAAUUUAAUUUUUAUCGAGAAAUUGAUUUAUAUUCACGUAUGAUAACCUAGAGGUGAUGACUUUCACCGUGUUAUUUCCUGAAUUUAUUCACGUCAUAAGUACGUCCAUUCUCCCCUCCACAUAAUUUCUUUACGCAGUUAAAAAGCCGGUGGCGUGAAUGGUUUAUAAUAAGCUUUGGUCCAGGACACCGCAUGUGCUGGACAGAAUUAGCGAGUUCGUAGGACAUGACGAAUUCACUAAUGGAUAAAAACAAUAAUUAUGUAAAGCAGUCUACUAUCCGAGGUCAGGCACUUUACCAGAAAAGGGGGGGGGGGGGGAAGCCGGAGUUUAUUCCCUGGGAACCGUAUUUGUGGGCGCGCUAAACUGGCAGAGUAAUUAUUACUACAGAUAUUUAUUCAAAUGUAAUAUUAUUCUGGAGUGGCAGAUGGACUGAAUUAUUUGUUUUGAAAGAUGGUAUUUUUCGCGUACUAUAUCCAACGUGUGAUGUAUCAAAAAUGAAAACAACUGCAGAUAAUUAUGUUUAUUUACCAUUGGUCAAAAAUACUUAGGAAUACCUAUUGGGAUUAAAAUAAGUUGUGUGUGAUAUGAGGUGUGCCGGGGAAAGGUUUUAGUUCGGUUGGUUUGAUUUAAAAAAAAAAAAAAAAAGUGGGGGGGGGUGUCAAUAUGAGUUCUUGCCCCCCCCCCCCCCCCCCCCACCCUGUGUGGAAACUAUUCUUAGUUACUUCCCUGCCCGAGGUAAGCCGUGAAAUAGUGAUUUGUAUAAUUCAAGCAAACAGCUGGGCGUGGACCAAAAGAUUGCGAAGUUGAAAACGAAAGGUAGUGGCGGCGACAGACCGGCCUCUUCGCGUGCCCUAUAGGUAGGCCACCCGCCCGUUACAAACAUUUGGAAAAGCGUGCCACCGGUAAAAGGAAUGGCUGCACACAAACCUCACUACUUGCACUUAGCACAAUGGCUGCAAACAAUGAUUGAUCAAGCAAACUGUAUGUAAAACAAACAAAGGAGGAAAGCAGAAAGAAUGGUGUAGUUUUUCUUUAGGGUGACAAGGGAUGGGAAAAGCUGGGAGACAAAGGACAUGGAGGAGGAAUCGUGUGUGGAAGAUAAAAAAAAAGUGGAGAAGAACGGAAAGAGGAAGGCAAGUAUCCCUGGUGAGGAUGGGAUAGGAGUGGAAUGGGAUCGAGGGGGAAAGAUACUAGAUGUGAGAGGAGGGAUAGACCUGUUGAGGAAUUUGGGUUUGGUGGGGGGGAGGGGGGUAAUUCCUUGCCACCAGGCAGAAGUCCAAUCACAAGUUUUAUCGAUCAAUCCAAUCAACAAAAUUAUAACCAAGGCCUGCUUCGUGACUGUACGGCAAUGUUCGGGUCUCGGAACAUUUAUUACGUUUUAAUUAAAAGAACCCUUCUUGAAGUGAUCACUCCAUCCACUAAAAAAAAAAAAAAAUGGUUGUCCGUAAAGUCGGUUUACGGACAAUAGUUAAACGUGACGUCAUAACAAAACAUUAAUGAAAUGAUUGCAUACUUUUAUGAAUAAAAUUGAAUCAUUUUUAUUGAAUUAUCACUAUUUUGUAUGGAUACAAAGAAGGAGUGAAAUGAAAUCUACAAUUUAAUUGAUAAAUUGACUUUUAUUUGCACUCAUUAAUUCAAAUAUGUUUAUUACUUUAACGAAGACAUUAUUUUAACUAUAACUUUUAUACAUGUUUGCUAUUUAACUUCUUCCAAUCUGUGUUCUUCUGUUACGGAUAGGUCGAUGAUAGGAAAAGUAGGAAACGAAUGGGAGUGUUUCAAGUUUGAUGUGUCUCGAAAAAGUCAAAUCGAUUGUUGUUCCAAUCGAGUGGAAGAGAGAUAGAUGCGGCGCAAGCGUACAAUGAGCGUAACGGGACAAUGAGUCAUCCUUUUUUGUGCGUGCAGCUGGCGUUCAUCGAUUUAUUAGACGUCGCCACGUCAAAAUACAAAACACUAGGGAGCCAAUAAAAAAAAAAUACAUAUCAAUAUAUUUACUAAAUUUAUGGUAACGUAGCACCAGAUUACUGCGCUGUCCUGUGGUACUUCAUAUUAACUUUAUAAUUAAAAAAAAAGUAAUUAACAAAAGUUGUAUUUUUAAGAGUAAAAUUUGGAAUGUUUCUUGUUGUAUUUCAUGAAGAUCAUUGAAUAACUCCCCAUUUUGGUUUAAACCAUUGUUGUGAUCAAUUUUUUUUAAUAGCUUUCAGUGUUUAAAAUUUUACCUCAGAUCAACCAUAGAAAAUAAUUAAUGGAAUUUCAUGUUAUUUCCAAUGACCACUGACUUUUCCUGUAAAAUAAUAUUUUUUUUAAUUGUUUUUUUUUUACAGGUUCCCCUACUCUCUUCAUAAUGUACCUAUACAACUGUAAUAACUAUCAAAAGGCACUAUAUUGUGGUCUUAGAAAAAUCGUCAUAAACUGGUGAAAUUUAAAGUAUAUUAAAACUUACGAUUAUCAAUAGUAUACCAGAUAAUGUUGUGAACAAGCAGAUCUGGCAACAAGGCGUGCUCUUAAGCUGUGUACUGCGAUCUUAAGUGUGAGAUUAUAGAGAGCAGGUGGCAAGUCGUCACCUUAAGAUCAAAUGUCGAUAAUAAUCACAGUUGCACCACUGUGUUAUUCCAGAAAACCUUCAUUUAAAAUGUAAUCUGCAAAUUAAAAUACUAGUGAUGGUUGGUAUCCGAAGCUUGAAUUCAAAUCCUCGAGAGUAAUUCUAACAAAUCCCUCGAAUAUAAAUCUAGGCAUCAAGGAUAAAAAGCAAAAUAAUGUAAAAAAUUUAUAUAUAUAUAUAUAUAUAUAUAUAUAUAUAUAUAUAUAUAUAUAUAUAUAUAUAUAUAUAUAUAUAUAUAUAUAUAUAUAUAUAUAACUGCUGUGUUGAAACAUUCUUCACUUUGAAAUGGUUGUUCCACAAGCUAAUUUUCCAGAAUCAGUACCUACUGUAAUUUUAUUUACAUAAUUACACGUUAAAAGUACAAUUUCUUGGGGAAUGGUGAUCGGUCAGGCAGGAAGAAAUAAAUUAAUUAGUAAACUUCAGAGGUUAUCAGUGUUCAAUUUUGUAGUUUAUUUCCUUUAAUAUUUUUUGUUAGGAUCUUUUUUUUCCCUUUAACUUCGAAUCCAAAUACUAAGGAUUUGAUGGGCCUAUCCCUAAUAAAUACGUGGCAAACCAAGGCAGAAUGUGAGCAAAACUGAUUCAACAGUGCUGAUGGUAUAGUGAACUACUCAAAGGAACCAAUACCAUCUAGUACUACUAUUCAAUUUUUAAAAAUAAAUGAAGUAUUUAAAUUCAACACCAUGUUAUUUUUGUAGAUGAAAUUUUAGUUUACAGGAACUUGUGACAAAAGAGGAUUGAUUUCCUGUUCUUAAAGAGUUUAGUAAAUUCAAUAAAUAAGAGUCCAUUUUUUUUUUUCACAAUUAUAUAGUCAAUUUACAUUGAAGCAAAAACUGACAUCAAAAAGAAAUAUGAUGAAUCAAUUAUAGUAUAUUGUAUAGCAAUUUGGUCUGAAGAAUUUAUGAAAUAAUUAUUGUAAGUUAUUAAAUAAAAUUUACUUUUAGGGUGUGAAAACAGGUAGAACUGAGUCAAAUUCUCUUAAGUUUUCUGUUAUUUAACCUUCCCUUUUCCAUUUUCACUGUAUCAGAAAAAAUUCAUGACUACAAAAAAAAGUGUGCUGUUACUACCCAUUUAAGUGUUUUAAGUUCAGGUCACAGUUUUGUUGUGGCAGCAAAAAUGUUUUCUUAAUGUAGUUUAAUGGAUACCAAAAAUGUCAGUGCAGUGUAUUUUGUUUUAGAUUAUGCAUCGUAACAUUAUGUACAAAAUCAAGUGUCUUUAUCAUUAAAAUAAAAAUAAAAAUGCACCUGCUUAUUUUAUUAGGCAAAAUUGUUUAAUUAUUUAUUCUUGCUUAAAAUGUACUGCUUAAAUGUGUUAAAAAAAAAUUUAGU